UUAUGUCCCGACUCCAUUCUUUGUUGUUUUAUUUGUCUGUCAAGGCCCAUAUUAUCUCACCUUUCAUUUUGGGAGGUUCUUAUUUAGUUUCAUUUCAUGCCCUUCCACUAUCUCUUCUAUUCCCUUGAGAACCCUCUCUCUUAUCUUCUUUCCCUUGAAGCCGCCAUCUGCAUUGCCUUUCCCUUUCUCUUCCUUGUUAUCUCUGUUGGGUUUUCUUUUUCCUUUUUUAUGUUUAUCCGUUUGUAAAAAAAAGUUAUACAAACAAGAUGAAGAAUGGAACCUUGCAUCAAUGCUUGGAGAAGAUGGGGGGAAUUUUAUAGGUUAAAGCAACAAACUUCAUGUCAAGUACAACUACUUUUCGGCAGGCAAAAGUCCAAUCUCUUCUCAUUUCUCAUUUUUCUAGAGGUUCCUUCAACAAUCAAUCAUUCUUUGAACAAGUUGCUCCAUUGUAUUCCUAGUCAACACCAUCAUGGUUACCAAGAUGAAAGGGAUCUACAAAAGUUUCAAAUUCAUUUCCCAAAUCUUUGUUGUGAAGGAACGAGAGAUGGAAAUUGGGUAUCCGACAGAUGUUAAACAUGUGACACACAUUGGUUGGGAUGGCUCUUCUGGCACUGCACCCAGUUGGAUGAAUGAAUUCAAGACAGACCCUGAUUUCACAGCAACAUCAAUUGGUAACUCCAGAGAUUCUAAUCCUACAUGGUCUUCUCAAGAUUUUGAGCAAUCAAUGGGAUGCCAACCUGCAACGGAGAUGAUGACAAACCUCUCUAGCACGGAUCUCCCAGAUAUUCCUAAGAAACAAAAGCGAAAAAAGAAGACGUCUUCGUCCUCAAAAUCUUCACGAACAUCAAAGACCAGGGCUGCAUAUACUCAAAUGGGUUCCUCCACACAACUUCAAAUAUAAAGAGUGAUCUGCAUGUAAUAAGAUUUUUGUGGCUUUUACCUUCCUUUCAGUGGUCAUUAAGACCAGAAGUGCAGGAAUUUGGACCAAAAAGCUUGUGUAAAUUAGAAAAACAUAUUUAUUUUACAAAAGGGUAAAAGUAAAUUAGCUUUGGGUGAUAACUUGAACACAAAAUGAAUGGUCCAGAUGGGCUGGUAGUUUGUAUUGGGUUGUGUUUGGUGGAAAGUUUUGCUAAUUCAGAUUAUUGGCUCCACCAAGUUUGUAAAGGAUUCUAAUUUUUUCGUGUUGUGAUGGAUGAAAUGACAGUAUUUUUAUGUGUUCGACCUCCAA